AUGGUGAGAAAAUAUCUGGAAAUAAACAAAGAGCGCGGAGCAGUGUUGGCGACUAAAAAUCAUCAAGGUGGCCUAGAUGAUAAAGAAGAUGAGUCAAACGGAAAAAUAUUUGAAAGACCAGGCUCAAAACGCUGCCCAGUGAAACUCAUCGAGAAAUACCUGUCACAUCUGAGUCCCAAAUGCAGCAGUUUAUUCCAGAAACCAAGAAGCUCGUGCAAAGCGUUUAACCCAGCAACGGAUCUUGUGUGGUACUGCUCGAGUCCACUUGGCCACAACACGCUUGAAAAUAUGCUACGAAGAAUGACAUCAAGAGCUGGAAUAAAGCCACAUCUAACAAACCACUCGAUCAGAGCGACCACCGUGACGGUUUUGUCAGCUGCAAACAUCGAGAGUCGGUACAUCAGGGCAAUAACCGGCCACCAAAGUGAAGAAAGCAGCAAGAGCUAUUGUGAUACGCCGACAUUCGAGCAGUUUAAAAGAAUGUCAAACGAGCUAAGUGAAUUCUUCGAUCCAGCUGGUGGCGAUGACAAGGCUGUUACAGUCCCUCAGAAAACCGUUGCGUCGUCAUCGAGCCAGCCGCAAUCAGUA